CACCAUUAAUCGCCUCUUCCUUCUUCUUCUACUCUCUCUCUACCCAUCCAAUUAGUCGUUUCAUGCAACGGCUUUAAACUGUUUGAAAGCAACCAACAACAAUGGUCAACCAAGGAGGCGUCCCAAAGCCGUUAAUUUUCGACGCCUCCGUCCUCCAACACGACCCAAACAUCCCCACGCAGUUCAUCUGGCCGGACCACGAGAAGCCCGCCGCCGACCCCGCCCCACAACUCGCCGUCCCUCUCAUCGACCUCGGCGGCUUCCUCUCCGGCGACCCCGCCGCCGCCCUCCAAGCCUCCACGCUCGUCGGCGAAGCGUGCAAGAAACACGGCUUCUUCCUCGUCGCCAACCACGGCGUCGACGCCUCCCUCAUUUCCCACGCCCACCGCUACAUGGACCACUUCUUCCACCUCCCCCUCUCCGAGAAACAAAAGGCCGAGCGAAAACUCGGCGACCAUUGCGGCUACGCCAGCAGCUUCACCGGCCGGUUUUCCUCAAAACUGCCGUGGAAAGAAACCCUCUCUUUCAGCUUCUCCGCCGACAAAAGCUCCCACGACAUAGUCGUCGACUAUUUCCAAAGCACAUUGGGCCAAGAUUUCUCCCAUAUCGGGAAGAUUUAUCAAGAGUACUGCAAUGCAAUGAGCAAUCUGUCGCUAGGGAUAAUGGAGCUUCUGGGGAUGAGUUUGGGCGUGAGCCAGAACCAUUUCAGGGAAUUCUACCAAGAAAACGAGUCGAUAAUGAGACUGAACUAUUAUCCGCCGUGCCGGAAACCGGAGCUGACGUUAGGCACCGGUCCCCAUUGCGAUCCCACGUCACUCACCAUCCUCCACCAAGAUACCGUCGGUGGGCUUCAAGUGUUUGUGGACAACCAGUGGCGCUCCAUCUCCCCCAAUUUCAACGCCUUUGUCGUCAACAUCGGCGACACUUUCAUGGCGCUAUCGAAUGGGAGGUAUAAAAGUUGUUUGCACAGGGCAGUGGUGAACAGCAAGAGUCCCAGGAAAUCGCUGGCUUUCUUUCUGUGCCCAAAGAAGGAUAAGGUGGUGAGGCCACCAACUGAACUGGUGGACUCCAGCAAUCCAAGAGUAUAUCCAGAUUUCACAUGGCCCACCCUUCUUGAGUUCACCCAAAAGCAUUAUAGAGCGGACAUGAACACCCUGCAAUCCUUCUCCACUUGGCUAGCUUCAACCCCCAAUUGAUUGAAGAUGAAGAAGAAGAAGAAGAAGAAGAUAAUACUAUUAUAUAUAUGCAUGCAUGAUACUACUAUCUAUAUAUCCGCGGAUCCCUACAAGAUAUAUAUAUGUGAAUCAGUGCCCUUUCCGAUCUGUCUUACGAGGCGCCGGAAAAUGCUUGGAAGGAAAAUGAUCUGAUGAUUGACGAAAUUAAGGAUAAUAUAUAAGCUAGGGCGUUAGUUUCUCAUUUCAAAACUUGUGGAACCAAAAUAUAGAGGGAAAAAUAAUAUAUAUGCAAUGUCACUUCAAUUCCUCUGAUUAA